UCAAGAACGGCAUCUCCCCACAACGAACUCAAGUUCAACGCGAGACCAAGUGGUUCCUGCACAACCCGCUCGAAACUCUCGGUUUUGUCGGUCCGACCAGCUCCAGAGUCUCCUCUCCUGGUCAGCAUCAUGGUUCGCAACAUAAACUCCAAGGUUGACGACGCUCGAAACACCUACAGGGCAAGGAGAGGUUGGAACCCGCGGGCUCGCCCUGAGCCACGCUCUGCGCAGAAAUGGCGUUCUGGCAGUGGAAGUCUCGGGCGCGGCCAAGACACGCGACGCUCACGACAACCUGCACGCGACUCUAGCUCAGGUUCAGGUAGACGGCCGAAUGGCGUUUUGAAGGCACCCAACACCCGAAAGUCGAAGCGCGGCAAGAAUUUCGUCGGCAUGAGUGCCGAGCUCACAAGGGAGCUGAGGGACAGGGACGGCGAUGUGUUGAUGGAAAGGCCGGGGGAUCUUGCAGACAUCGUAUGCUCGGACAAACGGGUAACAGCUCCCGCUCGCAAGACUCGGCGGCAAUGCAGGAAUGCCGCCCGUUUGAACCGCGCGUCCGCAGCGUCGGCACAAGCUCCAGGACACAGCGAGUCUGUUCCAUCGAACAUGGUGUUCGCAAGCUCAAACCUGUCUGGCGGACCGGCCGCCUCUUUUGCAUCCACCUCGGCACCACAACUCGGCACCAACGAUGACGAACUCCCGCCAUACAUCAGAGACCUCGAAGGCGACAUCGUGAUGUCCGACGCCGACAAUCCGAGUCCAAUACACGUUGUCCUCGGACAUUUCCAUCGCAUCCGCGCGCAGAUCCGGCUCCAGCAAAGCCAAAACAGCCAAAACAAUAACAAGGCUAACAACAACAAUAACCACAACAACCAUCCACAAGCCCGCUCGCAGUUCUCCACGCUGCCAAGUCUGACUGCUGCCCCUUCACCCGGUUUCCUUGUCGACGACGCCGGCGAUACGUACAUGAAGAACGGGUACACUCCGCACCCAUUCAUCCCAUAUCUUCUUGCGCAAGGGGGAAUCACCGCCGCGCUGGACGCGGUGCGCCACUGGGGAGACUGGCGAGCGUGGUUCUUGAGCCAACUGGAGCGUGCAAAGGACGACCUGUUCCGUUUAUACUGAGCUGGUUUUGUUUUCUGUUUGAGGAUGCAUAUAUGCAGAUGCUGAAAAUUUCAUAUCUCGCGGGGGAUGAUGUGUAGUGGUUUUGCAGUAUCUUUUUUCCCCUGACGAGAGAGAGGCCUCAAUGGCCAGGGUUGGAAAAGGAGACAAAUUACGAGACUAGAGGUGGCAGCGGGUGUGGUCUUCCCCAUUCUGCUUCUCGUCUUUGGUCUAGCUUU